CCGGGAGGCGGUGCUCGGUCCCGGACGCGCGGGCCGGGUAUGGCGUCGAUGGCGGCGGCGAUCGCGGCCUCGCGCUCGGCCGUCAUGAGCGGGAACCGGCCGCUGGACGACCGGGAGCGGAAGCGCUUCACCUACUUCUCGUCUCUGAGCCCUAUGGCUAGGAAGAUCAUGCAGGACAAGGAGAAAAUCAGGGAGAAGUACGGGCCGGAGUGGGCGCGGCUGCCGCCCGCGCAGCAGGACGAAAUCAUCGACCGCUGCCUGGUGGGGCCGCGCGCCCAGCCGGCCGCCGACGAGGGGGACCCGGCGCGCUUUCCCGGCCUGCGCGGGCCCACGGGCCAGAAGCUGGUGCGCUUCGGCGACGAGGACAUAACUUGGCAAGAUGAGCACUCGGCCCCAUUCUCCUGGGAAACAAGGAGUCAGAUGGAGUUCAGCAUCUCCUCCUUAUCCAUCCAGGAGCCUGGCACAGCCACCAUGACCAGUGAUCCCAGGCCCUUGGCCAAGGCUUCUCAGGGCACUCAGGCUGCCAAGCCUGCCCAAAGCAGCAGAUCUUCUAGCCUAGAUGCCCUGGGACCUUCAAGGAAAGAGGAGGAAGCACCCUUCUGGAAGAUCAAUGCUGAGCGCUCUAGGGAGGGGCCUGAGGCUGAGUUCCAGUCACUGACACCCAGCCAGAUCAAGUCCAUGGAGAAGGGAGAAAAAGUCAUACCCGCUUGCUACCGCCAGGAACCCAUCACAAAAGACAGGGAGGUCAAGGCUAUGCCCCAAGAACAACAAACCCUCUCCAGUGUAAGCACAGAGCAAGAGGUGCCCCAGCCUGUGCAAGCCCCUGCCAGCUUGCUGCCCAAGGCCACCCCCACUGAGUCCCCAGAGAAGCCACCACCUCCUGCUGCCCAGCAGGAUGAAGAAGAUGAUGCUUUGUUCUCAGAGCCUGUAUUUUCGCAGAUCAGCUCAAGUAACACCCUCUUGAAGACAGGCUUUGAUUUUCUGGACAACUGGUAAACAGUGCUACCUGGAAACACAGCCAAGAGCCCCCAGUGCGGCCCACGUGGUGUUCAGAGGAGAAGGCAGCUCUGCCUGUGUAUUUUCCUGUUUUCUCUGCUCUUUUCUUAGUCUUUCGGGCACUAGGAAAUAUUGCCAGAUUUUCCUCUUUUUUUUUUUUUUUUUUUUUUUGGUAAAACCAAAUAGACAAAUAUGCUAUUUUCAAGGAUUUGAUAACAAGUUUUACACUUGGGAUUUUUAAAGACUAAGAAUCCAGUAAGCCUUGUAAAUAAAACUUCUGUUCCCAGCUCCAUCCCACUUUAUCCCUCCAAGAAGGUUCUCUGACCAAGUCACAAAAGGUCGCAAAGGCACCCGACCCCCCCCCCACCCCUGCUUUUCGCCCUCCCCAGUCCUUUUCUUGUUGGGGGCUCCCUGGAUGGAUAUGGGCUGUUGGCUGUUGCUGUGGAAGAUUCAUCCUUUAAAAUGGGCUCACCUGGUACUCUUCCUUUGCUGAAGCCACAUUUGGUGUCCUGCCCCCCCCCCAAAGGAAACAGACUGCUGGCAGGUGGCAGGUGCCCUCUAAGCUGUCCUAGCAACUUACUCGGAGCUUUGAUUGUUCAAAAGCAGCUGCCUGUUGGCAGGUUUUCUAUCAGAUUCUCACUGUGUUAUAUGUAGCUGCAGCAGCUUCCUUGGCUUUGUAGGUAUUUCUUCUGGAAUUUAUCAUAACUGUCCUGCUAGUGUCCCAGUCCUGGCCACUGUGGGAGUCAGGGUGGUGACAGUGGUGCUGGGGAGCAGGGCUCUUCAGAUUCACUGUGACUGAACUUUUCGGUGUGAGACUGGCAGGCUUGGCCAUUCUUCACCUCAGUCUGAUCCAGCUGUGUCAUGAAGGCCUCUCCCCAAGACCUGAUCACCUUCAAGUGCAAGAGGCCUUCCUGAGGGUUCCAGAAACUUCCCCUUGCAGCCCUGAGAGUUCACAGCAGCAAGGCUGGGUGAGGAGCAGGCACCGUACCUAGAUGUAUUAUUCUCUGUCGUCAUGGUGGCCCUGUCAUGGCCUCUGAAGCACAUGCAUCCACAGGAGGUCCCAAGCAGAUCUGUGAGCUCUGGGUGGCAUGGUCUACCCUUCACCGACGCUCCGUUCUCUUCACCAGAAGCCUUAAUCUCCAUGAGCCCCCUCUUCUGAGCGCCUGGUGUCAGUACUGAAAGGUGUAACCUUCUUAAUGCCUGUGUUGUAGGACUUUCUGAAAUAGCUUCUGGAAUAUUCCAUUUGACCCUGUUUACCAAGGUAAAGCACACAGCAACUAUCACACCCUUCUCUGCUCCCCUAGGAAAAUAUGCCAAAGCUGUACUUAGCCAAUAUCGAUGCAAUACCUGCCAAUUAGCUUAUGUCCCGAACCCUCCCUUGGUCUCUUGUGUUUGGAUUCGCCUUCCUCUAGCAACUUCUCACCAGUUAUCCUUUUAUACUGUUGUAGAGCAGUUGAUAGGGGAAGGAUAGAAAGACUUCUGGCACACAAGAAGAAAAUAAGUGGCAAGCUGCCGUUGGCACAGCCCAGACUGGCUCUCACUCUUCAGGGGGUCCAGCACAGCUACCAUGUGCCCACCCUCCUACCCCAGUAGAGUGGUGGGUUAAUUUCAGGCCUGUGCAUGUUUUCCUUCCCUGUAGGGCUGUGGUCCGUAGCAUUGACGUAGCAGGAACGAGAAGGCCCGCCCCGGCCACUUGACCAGGGUGACCAGUCUGCUCUCUGUGCAGACAUUUUCACUUCUUCCCACUCUCUCCUCAUUCCCUUUUACUUUCUCCAGUGAAAAUAUGGAGAGGGGCUGAGUGUAGGCACAGUGGUAUUUCUCAAGGAGGCCUCCCAAGAGAAGGAGGAACCCUGAAGGACCCACCUGACCUGGGGAUUGUCCUUACACCUGGGCAGGGUCCAUACCAAGCUGGCUUCUUGGUCUCCCCCAGGGACUCUGUGGCAGUGCCCAGGAGAUUGGCCAGGUAUUAGCACCUUCUCUUCCCCUGGCAUCUGAUGAAGUACAUUCAUUAUUUCUCUUUAAAGCACAUUCUUUGGCUGAAAACCUGUGUAUGAUUUUGGACUCAACCAGAUGCCCAGGCUCAACAGCUGGGAGGCAGCUCCAGGGCUCUGUGUCUCACUCUUGGUGGCUGUAUUUGACAAAAGCUCUCAGGAACCAAGACUGUGCCUGUCUGGGCUGUCCCUGAAUCCCAGGCCCUUCAGGCUUGGAUGUACUCCCAUUAAGAGCAGGGGAGUCGGCCUCCUGGCCAGGUGUGUUCCUCAUGCCCGGACCAGGAAUGGCCUUCUGUUCUUCACACCACUCUCUCCUUUGAUACAUGUUUUCAAAAUGGUAAAUUCUUACUGACAACUUAUAACUUGAUCCUAUUUUAUACUACUAGCCUUUAAUAAAGCCAUUUUAAAA